AGAAAUUUCUCAGAAUUCUGACCUUUUCUGCAGAUUUGUCUGUAUGUUCUGUUAUGAUCUUUAUUCUAAUAAGAAUCUUAUAAAUAACCACUUAUUAAGAUUAUUUUUGACUAUUCAUUACCUUAUACUUUUAUUAAACUAUUAUUACCAAUUUCUUAACAUUUUCAUAUUGUCUGAAACAUUUGUAGACAUUUUUAUCUUAUUCCUUGGUGUGAUUAGUUUUAUGUUAACUAGACACAAACUAGAAUCACUGGAGAGGAGGAACACUCAAUUGAGUAAUUGUCUCAAUAACAUCAGGCUAUCUAUAUGCAGACUUGUAGGGUAUUUUCUUAAUACUUACUUGUGUGAGAGGACCCAGUCCAUUGUGGGUGGGGUGCCACCUUGGCAAAUGUGGCCCCGGGUUCCAAAAGAAAGGAGACUGAGCCAGCCAUAGUGAGCAAAACAAUAAACAGCAUUACUCUGUGGCCAGUGGAUCAGCACCCAUGUACAGGGGUCUGCCUUACUUGAUUACCUGUCCUGACUUGUUCCAAUAAUGAACAGCAAUGAUGAAGUAUAAGCUAAAUAUUCUGCAAAGAUUUGUAUCAACUUGAAACAUGCUAAAGUCACCUGAGAAGGGGAGGGAGAAUAAGUUAAGAAAAUGUCUCUAUUAAAUUGGCUUGUAGGAAAACUUGUAAUAGUAUUACUCAGCCCAUUGUGGGUGAAGCCAUUCUGAGGCUGGUAAUCAUGAAUUCUCUAAGGAAGCAGUCUGAGAAUUACAUUAUGAACAAGCCAGUUAGUAGAACCACUCUGGCCUCUGUAUCAUCUCCUGCCUCCACUCUUUGGCCCUGUUUGAUAUUCUGUCCUGAUGUCUUUCAGUGAUGGAUUAUGGUGUGUAGGUAAUCACCUAACAAAGCUUUCCUCCUUACCUUGUUAUUGGUCAUGGUGUUUCACCACAGCAAGAGUAAUCAUAAUAAAGUUACCAAAAUAAUCCUUUCCUCCUUAGUUUGCUUUUGGUCAUGGUCUUUCAUCCAGUAAAAAAUAACUAACUAAAAUACUUUGUUUCACAUUAAAAAACUUAGUAUGGGGUGGUUGGGCGGGAUGGGAGAAAGUUUCAUAUGGUAUUACAUUGCUCUUCUUGUUUUUAUUAUUUUUUAUUUUGAAACAGAGUUUCUCUAACUCAUAUAGCCCUAGUAGUCCUAAAACUUAGGCAAAGUCCUGUUUUCUUCUGCUUACUGCAUGCUGUGACUGAAGAAAUGCACUCCAAUUCCCAGUGAAACAUUUUUAUUUCUCUCUCUCUCUCUCUCUCAUAUAUAUAUAUGUAUAUAUAUAUAUAUAUAUAUAUAUAUAAUUUGUUUGCUUCUUUCUUCAUUCUUUCCUUCCUUGAAACAUACAUUUUUCAUUUAGCCCUGGAUGUCCCAAAACUGUGUACACCAUGCUGACCUCAAAAUCAGACAUCUACCUGCUUUUGCCUCUUGGGUACCAAACAGUGUGUACCAUCAAACACAGGUUCUAUGUUUUAUUUUUUUAAAUAUCAGUGUGCUUGUUUUUUUAAUUUUCCUGUUUGUUUUUUAAACAAACACACACACACACACACACACACACACACACACACACACACAAGAAAGAGAGAGACAAAGACAGAGAGACAGAGAGCAUGGAUCUGGAUGGGUAGUAAUCUGGGUAGGAAAAAGAAAAAAAUGAGAAAAAAUAAAAAUAAAUCUGGUCAUUUUAAGAAAAUAAAGAUAUUUCACAUGCUUGUGAACAUGUAAGGACUUUAAAUAUAUUAACAUGAACGUUUAAGCAAUCUAUAGAAUGCAUAUUUUGAACUGAUUGUAUCAAAAAAUAAUAACAUAACAAGCAAAAUUUUGUUAAAUUUUGAAAAAGGUUUGUUACCAUAUAUGAAUUAUAAAUGUUCAUGACAUACUAUGCUUUCUCAAAAUUUGAAUCUAAAAUAAAGUGAUGAAAUCUUGGAGACAAUUCCCUACCUCCUUAUCAUUGCUUUAUGUUGGGAAGCUUGGAUCCCCUAUAUUGUUUGAUCAUUAAAUAUAUAGUGCUGAUUGCACUCAAUAUUGUGUUUGUAAGCUUUCCUUACGUGUAUGAAAUUGUCAAGAUGAUACCUGUCAUAUUUAUGUAGGUAUGUUUUAAAUCUAUUUUGUCUAUUGACAAAAACUAUAUUCAUUUUUUUCUCACAAUUCUAACCAAAUGCCCUCCAUUAGACACAUAUUUUCAAUUUUAUUUUUGCCUUGAAAGAUAUUUAUUAAUUCUUUACUAAUUUCAUACAAAACAUUUUGAGCAUAUUCACCCACACCACCCCAUCUUCUCAUAUUUCUCUUUGACCCUUAUCCUCUUACAAAAAUAACUUUUUUCCAGUCAAGUGCAGUUUGUAUUCUAUUUUGUACUCUAGUGUGUACUAUUGUCACUGGAACCUUCCUUUGAGUGUGGUUGACCUCCUAAGGGUCACAACAGUGAAGAAAUAAACUAUCUCUCAUCUAGUAACUAUCAAAUCUCAAUAGUAUUUUGGAUCAGGGUGAAAUUUCAUGCCUACCUUCUCCAUGUUGUUAUUGUAUCUUAUUUGAGCAUACAUAGUCUUGUACAUGAUUUCAUAAUCAUGCUGAGUUCAAAUGUGCAAGUCUUGUGGGCAGAAAAUAUUGUUUCCUUGAUGUUAUCCACAGCCUCUGGUCGUUACAAUCUUCCUAUUUCUUUUUGCCAUGAUUGCUCAUCCUUGUUGGUAGAGGUGUGAUAUCUAACACACAUUUAUAGAUUAGCACUGCAUAGUCUAUUAUCUGUAUCAUGAUGAGGCAUUGGUUUAUGUAUUAUUUCUCAUUUGCUGUAAAAAAGAAUCUAUGAGGAGGGCUGAUGGAUGUACUAAUUCAUGGGUACAGCAAUAAGUCAUUAGUGGUUGAUUUUGUAUUUUAACAUAAUAAGACUAUUAAGUUAUCCUCAUGUGUCUAUGACUUACUUACAGUCUUGCACUUUUAUAGUACCAUGCAUGUUUUCUAUACUAUAGAGUGAACUUAUAUUGAGUCAGACAAAGGUUGGUCCACAUGUAGCAUGUGUGCCCAUCUUAGUACAAGAUGGCAUAACUGAUAAACCCAAUCAUUACUGUAUCCCUCACAGUUCACAACUUAGUGAUAAUGAUGAUUAUUUCAUUUUCUUUGGUAAGUAUGAAUAGCAUCUCCAGCACUUUGAAAUCUAGCCUGGAGAAAUAUAGAAUCUAGGUGACUAACAGCGUGAUUUCUCCAGAGUGAUUCAGGUAUGUAGUGUCCUCAGUCAUAAAGUCUUUCCAUCAAGUUCUGCAGGAUCCAAUCUUGUGUCUUCCUGAUAGAUAUUCUAGAUAAAGAGUAGGAAGAUGUAUGAUAUUUGACUUUCUAAAUGUGAUUCAGAAUGGCUAUUUUAAUUGUAUGGAAGUUCACUGAGAUGUGGAUAUGGUGUAGUUAAUUUUGGUUCCUAGUGUAUUUGAUUUGAGAAUUCCUUUUAAAUUGUUAUUCUUUAACCCGUUUUAGAGUCCAGUCUUCAUCCCCCUCCCAGUCUGCCCCCUGAACACUCCCCAUCCAAUACCUCCUCUGCCUGUCUCCAACUACCACAUCACCCCUAUGAGACCACCUGUCUUUCUGGGACCUCAAGUCUCACCAGGAUUAGGUUCAUCUUCUCUCACUGAGGCCAGACCAGGAAGUUCUCUGCUGUAUAUGUGACAGGGGCUUCAUAUCAGCUGGUAUAUGCUGUCUAUUCAGGGGUUCAGUGUAUGAGAGAUCUCAGGGGUCCAGGUCAGUUGAGAAUGCUUGUCUUCCCAUGGACCAACCCUAUCCUCAGCUUCUUCCACAAUACAUUUUUACUUAAAAUAUUUUCAUAGCUUCUUUUUGUACUCCUAUUUUCAUCUUUGUAGUCUCUCAGGUCCUUAUUUGGUUGCCAUGAUUUUAUCCUGAUAAAUACAAAUGCAUCCUUACAUAUUUGUUUUAAAUUAUGACAUACAUGAAGUCUAUACUUUUCUUCUGUGCUAUGUUACAAGAAAAAAUCAACUUGGUUUAAAGGAAACACACCUUGGACAUUAAAUUUAUAAAUUUCAGCAGCUUCACAAAAAAGGAGUAUGGAGGAAGGAGGAAGAAAGGCAGCAUUCUUUGUGUCAUCAUGCAAAUCAGAUAUGUGGCAGAUGAGCAGCUACAUGAAUGGAAAAAAAAGAAGUUUUAGAAAGGAGUACUGCAGUACAAAGGAUCAAAAAUACAAACAUUACUUGCAGCAAAACUGAAAAACACAAAAACAAAAAUUAAUACGUGUGUGUGUGUGUCUAAAAUACCAGAAUUCAGCAGAACAAUUCUGCAUCUAAAGAUGUCUUGUUCCUUUUAUUUUCAAGUAUGUUUAGUGUAGAAUUAUUCUUCUUCCCUAUGCGUCUUUCCAAAAUACAAAACAUAAUGUGGCUUUUUUAUAAAAGCCCUGAAAAUGUCUUAUUAUGAAAUAUUUUAUGUGUAACUGAAGAACAAUUUGCUAAAUCUAAUCUUAAGGAAACUGUUUAGUGAACAAAAUUCUUUUGCACUAAAAUGCAGUGCUAUUUCUUUGUGUAUGUUUCUUUGGCAUCAUUAAAGGUCUAAUUUUUUCUCUUACCAUAUUAUUAUUAGACAAAUCAACAGUUGCCUAGCAAGGUAAAAUGCUCUAGGUGCAAGUUUGAGGAACUUAGCUCAGACCUUCCAAACAAUAUGAGUAUACUCUUCUAUUCUAAUGAUCAUAUGGAGGGUAAAAUAGGGAGAGGUAACUCUCUACAAGUCAUCUGGCUAGAGGGCAAGACUUAUGUGUUGAAAACAAGGAAGGAACUGUGAAGUCAAUUGGCAGGGAACUAUUUAUUCACUGCAGUACAGAGAAAGGAGAGGCAGAAAGCCUUCAUGAUUUCAAGGUCAGAUUUGUUUACAAAGUGUGUUCCAUCCCAGCUAAGGCUACAUGUUCAGAAUCUCUACCAGUCAAUCAAAUUAGUUAGUCAGUCAAUCAAUAAUUAAACAAAUGAUUAAGAGGCUCCCUGUGAAAUCAUGUGAACAGCCUAGACUGACCCUGGUUGUCCUUCUCGGCCGCAAACUCAUAGUUCAUGAAACUGAUGAACCUACACCUACACAAAACCUCACAUCUAAAUAAGUGCUAUAUAAAACUGAUGAACACACACAAAGGUGAAAUAAAUUUGGGUGAGGUUUCACAGAAAUUAAUCCCAUUAACUGAGAGGCGGAGCCAAGAAGAUCUUCUGUUCUAUAUAGUGCGUGCCAGACCACCCUAUUAAAAAGUCAUAGAAAUGACACCUGUGGCAAUAUAUUAUUUGAAUUAAUUUUUUGCUAACUUUUAAGGUGGAUAUUGUCACAGAAAAGUGGGUGACUGGAUCAAGAUACAUUAUUCUUUCAUAAUCGUAGAGACUGAAAGGCCAAGUUCCAAACAAAAGUUUGGCUGUUUUUCAAAACCUAAUUCCUUAUUCACAGAGUUUUUUUUUAAUUUUUCCACACAUGAAAGAUAAACAAAGCAAUAUAAUGAUAAACUAGUGUCCCAGACAGAAUAAUUAAUGAGUAUAGGAUAUUAAUAAUCUCAUCUAUUUAAAAUGGUCAUUCUCAUUCCAGUUAUUCAUGAGAAGAUAUUAAAAUAAUGAGUUCAUAGAAACAUUUAUAUUUAUAUUAUAAAACCACUGCACAAAAGAGCAAGGUUGUAUGGUCUAUGGCUUCCUCCUGUAUAAUUUUUUGAAAUCUAUGCAGGUAUAAGUUUAAGAACUACCAGUUUGUUCUGGCCCUGAUGUUUGCCAUUGAGGAGGUAAACAGAAACCCUCAUCUUCUACACAAUACAACUAUUGGAUAUGAUAUCUAUAAUAUUCCAUAUACUGAAAAGAAUAUUCUUUAUAGUGCCCUUCUUUGGCAUACAGGGAUAAUCAAUCCCCUUCCUAACUGUGACUGUGGACACAAGAGAAAGUCACCUGUUGUACUCACAGGACCAUCAUGGUCAGCAUCUGCCCAUAUUGGAACACUGCUACAACUCUACAAAAUACCUCAGUGCUCGUUUUCUAAGUUUGACUGUCAACUUUUGGAGAACUGCCAACUCAAUGCUUCUUUGGAAUUACUACCCAGACACAUUUUUGACCCAACUAUGAGUGAAGAAGGAUACAAUAUAUACAAUGCUGUGUAUGCUGUGGCCUAUAGUCUCCAUGAGCUAAGUCUUCAACAAAUACAAAUACAACCAUAUAUCAAUGAAAAAGGAAUGGUAUUCUCCCCCUGGCAGCUUCUCCCUUUCUUAAGGACCACAAUAAAUAAAAGUCAUGUGAAAGGACACACAGUAAUGGAUGGAGGAAGAAACUUAGAUACAAAGUAUGACAUUCUUAAUUUUUGGAAUUUUCCAAGUGGUCUUGGAUUAAAGGUGAAAGUAGGAACCUAUUCUCUAAGUUCUUACAAGGAUGUACAGUUCUCUUUAUGUGAAGGGAUGAUACAGUGGCCUACAAGGUUUACAAAGAUUCCUCAGUCUGUAUGCAGUGAGAGCUGUAGGCCUGGACUCAGGAAAGCUGCCCAGGAAGGCAAGGCUGUCUGCUGCUUUGAUUGUACUCCUUGUGCAGAAAAUGAGAUUUCCAAUGAGACAGAUAUGGAUCAGUGUGUGAAGUGCCCAGAAAGUCACUAUGCCAACGCAGAAAAGAACCACUGCCUCCGGAAAUCUGUGAGCUUUUUGGCCUAUGAAGAGCCACUGGGAAUGGCACUCACCAUCACAGCACUGGGCUUCUCUGUGCUGACAGCUGUGGUUCUUGUUGUCUUUGUGAAGCACAGAGACACACCCAUUGUCAAGGCUAACAACCGGUCUCUCAGCUAUAUCCUGCUAUUGACACUCUUCAUCUGUUUCCUCAGUUCCUUGCUCUUCAUUGGACAGCCCAGGACAGCCACUUGCAUCUUGCAGCAGACAGCAUUUGGAAUUUUGUUUACUGUGGCUCUCUCCACAGUGUUGGCCAAAGCCAUUACUGUGGUUAUUGCAUUCAAGGCCACUGUUCCAGCUAGAAUGGUGAGGUGGUUAAUGGUAUCAAGAGCCCCUAAUUUCAUCAUUCCCUUCUGCACACUGAUCCAAAUUAUUAUCUGUGGAAUCUGGUUAGUUACCUCUCCACCCUUCAUUGAUCAAGAUACUCAUGCCGAGCUUGGUCACAUCAUCAUUGUGUGCAACAUGGGUUCAACAGUUGCCUUCCACACUGUCCUGGGGUACCUCUGCUCCUUAGCACUUGGGAGCUACACCAUGGCCUUCUUGUCCAGGAAUCUGCCUGACACAUUCAAUGAAGCCAAGUUCCUGUCAUUCAGCAUGCAGGUAUUCUUCUGUGUUUGGAUCACGUUCCUCCCUGUCUAUCACAGCACAAAAGGAAAGGUCAUGGUGGCUAUGGAAGUAUUCUCCAUCUUGGCUUCCAGUAUAGCACUCCUUGGAUUGAUUUUUGCACCCAAGUGCUACAUUAUUUUGUUAAGGACAGAAAAAAACUCCUGUCCUGGUAUCAGGCACAAAAAACAUUCAAAAAGCAAUAUCCAUUUAAAUUUAGUUAAAAAUUAAAAUUUAUCUAUGAUAGUGGUUUAGUCUAGUGCCACAGCAUUGUAAAUACCUUAUUUAGAUAUAACAGGAUAUGAUUAUGUACACUUGUAGUUCUUUAUCUAAUUCUAUUAAACUCUCUUUGUACUGAAACCAUUCAUUUUAUAUUAUGUUUUAGGUUCUUUGGAUAAUUUUUGGAACACAGUUUUAAUAUGUGCUCCUUUUGGCCUACUGUCCCUUAACUAUACUAGUGUGGCAUAAACUAAUGGAUUAAAAAGUGUGUUCCUCCUCAUACAAAGUGCUGCUGUAGAAAAUGUCUCACCAUGUCAGCUUUAUUGCAUUCAUUUUGCCCUUUCAAAAAAUAUUUAUGUGACUGAUGUUUAUUGACUCCAGACUAUUCUAUUAUAUUCUGUAUACUCUGUAACUGGACCACUAUUACAGCAAAGUGUCUCUCAAUAUUCAAUUUGACAGGUUCUUAUUUCCAGUGAACUGAAAAAAAAAACAUGUUUUUUAAUUAUAGUAGAAGUUCCUUCUAUUUUAAUGUACUGUAAGUCAGGAAAAAUGAAGCUUCUUACUGUGCAUACCUCCAAGAGAUGCCUGAAUUGUAACUAGCAUCUGUUUAUAAACUUAGAGCUCAGGAACAGGAUGUGAGUGACUAAGCAGGCAUUUCAUAAUCUGUUAUGAGCAUACCACAUUGUAGAGAGGCAUUCAGGUUCAGCUUAGAUUAACAAGAGCAUUGUGAAAGAUGGAGUUAGCAAAAUACUACAGCAGAGGUAAUAUGGAGGUUAUAUACUUCAUUGAGAAAAGUAAAACUCUUUCUUCUUUUUCAAUUGGUUAUUUCAUUUAUUUACAUUUCAAAUGUUGUCUCCACUCCCUGGUUUGCCCUUCACAAAGCCCCUAUCUCAUACAACCCUUCCCCAAGCUUCUAUGAGGUUGCUCCUCGACCUACCCACCCACUCUUGCCUAAAGGCAAUAGGCCCCCUUCACUACAGCAUUGAGCUUCCACAGGACCAAGGG